AAUGUAUGAUUUCCUACUCGUGUGUGCAAACUUAUUUACUGUCUAUAAAUUAUAAAUAUUACUUAUUAAACAAAUUGUAUAGAUUGUAAUUUAGAAUAAAUUGGCUUUAUUUUAAGAAAAAAUACCUAAAUUACUUUUUUAAACAAAAAAAUAUUGUAUUAUAGAUAAUAUUAUCUUCCCGCCCUUUUAAACAAAUAAGUCAAAAACUCAAAACAUCACAUAUUUCUAAGCCGGCCCACAACCACUACCACAGUAGUUGUCCAGUGUCCACAUGCUGAUUACUGACAAUUGACGUGCGAAACCCUACAUAAAAUUGUUAUACCUAAUUCAAAAUUAAUUUUUUCAAGUUUGAGUAGUUUGACUCAAAACAUAAAUUGGUCGUUGAGGACAAACUUAAAUUAAAUCGUAUUUUGCUUAUAAAAUACUCAUAGUUUAAUAUUGAGUGUACAUAUACUCGAGGUCGUUUAUUUAAAUUUAUUAUUUGAAACAAAACUUUAUAAUGGAAGUCGAUAACACAGAAGAAACUGCCUCAACUACGACCGUAAUAGAUCCCAUGGAAGGAUCGUCGACCAGCAAAAACGACGAAGGUACUACCAUAACUCCUCAAACAAAAACUGUUAAAAGUGACUUAAAUAUGCCAUGGAUUGAAAAAUAUCGUCCAAAAUCAUUUUCAGACAUUGUGGGAAAUGAAGAAACCGUCUUGCGACUAGAAAAGUUUUCUUCGUGCGGAAACGUACCAAACAUAAUUAUUGCUGGUCCUCCUGGUGUUGGUAAAACAACAACGAUAUUGGCUCUGGCUAGAAUACUUCUCGGUAGUGCAUUUAAAGAAGCUGUAUUAGAGUUAAAUGCGUCCAGUGACCGUGGUAUUGAAACUGUAAGAAAUAAAAUCAAAAUGUUUGCCCAACAAAAAGUUACAUUGCCUCCUGGUAGACAUAAAAUAAUUAUUUUGGACGAAGCCGACAGUAUGACUGAUGGAGCUCAACAAGCACUUAGACGUACUAUGGAAUUAUGGAGUAAUACAACAAGGUUUGCACUAGCCUGUAACAAUAGUGACAAAAUUAUUGAAGCAAUUCAGUCACGUUGUGCCAUGUUACGGUAUGGAAAGCUUUCUGAUCAAGAAGUUAUGACACAGAUUCUUAAAGUUUGCAAAUCUGAAGAAGUAUCGUUCAGUUCCGACGGUUUAGAAGCUGUUGUAUUUACUGCCCAAGGUGACAUGCGACAAGCAUUGAACAACUUGCAAUCAACAUGGAAUGGUUUUAGACACGUCGAUAGCGCAAAUGUAUUUAAAGUGUGUGAUGAGCCACAUCCCCUACUUGUCAAAGAAAUGUUAUUGGAAUGUGCUGACCAAAAUAUCUCAAAGGCGUACAAAAUAAUGGCCCAUUUAUGGAAACUUGGUUAUGCCCCUGAAGACAUUAUUACCAACAUAUUUAGAGUUGCUAAACAUUUAGAAAUCAAGGAAUCUCUGAAAUUAAAAUUUAUACAGGAGAUUGGAAUGGUUCACAUUAGGAUUGUUGAAGGAAUGAAUUCACUACUUCAACUAUCAGGAUUAUUAGCUAAGUUAUGUACAGCAGCAGCCAUAACAGUAAAUUAAAUUAGUGAAAAUUUGUAAUAACAUACAUUUAAUUAUUUUUCUAAUAUCAAUUUUCUAAUCAUUAUUUCUGUAUAAUAUUAAUAAAGACGAUGUAACUAAGAAAUGUUAAAUUAUUAAUUAAAACAUUUUUUUAUUAUUAUUA